AUUAUGCAGAAGGCCGCCGAACGGAAUUUCAAGGCUUUUAUUGCAUGUAAGUCAAUUUUUAAAUUGAUUUCUUUUCAUCUAAUUCAGUAAUACAAAAGUGGUUAAUGAUUCUUUCUAUUUGGAGGAAAACCUGACAGAAAAUGGAAACUAGAAUUCGAUCAGAUAGUGUGCUACAGCGUCGCAGGCAAAUUAGCGUCACUGGAAUAACAACUAAAGAAGAUGUAGAUGAAAUAAGAAAAAGCUUUAACAGAUACAUUCACUAUUAUCUCAUUAAAGACAGGAACGUAGCUACUAUUCGAGACUAUUAUUGUUCUCUAGCUUAUACUGUGAAAGAUCAUUUAGUCAGCCGCUGGAUAAGAACCCAGCAACAGUAUUAUUCUACUGAUCCUAAAAGAGUUUAUUAUUUAUCUCUGGAAUAUUAUAUGGGAAGGUCCUUAACAAACGCUAUGAUAAAUUUAGGCAUUAAAACUAUUUGCGAUGAAGCUUUGUAUCAACUCGGUCUAGAUCUAGAAGAAUUAGCAGAUAUUGAAGAAGAUGCAGGAUUAGGAAAUGGAGGUCUUGGUAGACUGGCUGCCUGUUUCUUGGAUUCAAUGGCCACUUUGGGCAUACCAGCCCAUGGCUACGGCAUUCGCUAUGAAUAUGGAAUAUUUGCGCAAAGAAUUGAAAAUGGAGAACAAAGAGAAGAUCCCGAUGAUUGGCUAGCAUUUGGUAGUCCAUGGGAAAAGGACAGACCGGAAUAUGUGAAAGAAGUUAAUUUUUAUGGCAAAGUUGUCAAAGACGCAGACGGUUAUAAAUGGGUUGAUACUCAAGUAAUAAAUGCUAUACCUUAUGAUUAUCCUAUUCCUGGUUUCGAAAAUAAUGUAGUUAAUACUAUGCGUUUAUGGGCGGCAAGAUCACCAACAAGUUUCCAUCUCAGGUUUUUUAACGACGGAGAUUACAUCAACGCCGUUUUAGAUAGAAAUGAGGCUGAAAAUAUUACUAGGGUUCUUUAUCCAACGGAUAACUUUUUCCGAGGUAAGGAACUGCGAUUGAAGCAGGAGUAUUUUUUAGUUGCUGCAACCAUCCAAGAUAUUAUACGCCGAUAUAGAACCUGUAAAUUUGGAAGCACACUUCCUGUUCGAAAUUCGUUUGAAGAAUUUCCCGAUAAAGUUGCUAUUCAGUUAAAUGAUACCCAUCCAUCUCUAGCAAUUCCAGAGUUAAUGCGAAUAUUUCUCGAUGUAGAACAUAUUUCUUGGGAAAAAGCGUGGGAUAUAACUGUGCGAACUUGUGCAUAUACCAAUCAUACAGUAUUGCCUGAAGCACUAGAAAGAUGGACAGUGAGAAUGUUUGAAAACCUUCUUCCUCGUCAUUUGCAAAUUAUUUAUGAAAUAAAUGCCAGGUUUCUUCAAGCAGUUAAAGAAAAAUGGCCAGGAGAUAACGAGCGAUUGCGAAGGAUGUCACUUAUCGAAGAAGAUGAACCAAAGAGAAUCAAUAUGGCUCAUUUGUCCAUAGUGGGAUCUCAUGCUGUCAAUGGUGUGGCUGCUAUUCAUUCGGAAAUUUUAAAGAAGGAUCUUUUCAAGGAUUUCUACGAAAUGACGCCAAAUAAAUUUCAAAACAAAACAAAUGGUGUAACUCCUCGACGCUGGAUCCUUCUUUGUAACCCCGAUCUUUCUGAUGCUAUUUUUGAGAAAAUUGGAGGCGACUGGGUCAAACAUUUGGAAUACUUGCAACAGCUGAAGGACUUUGUCAAUGAUAUAGAUUUUAUAAAAACUAUUAUCAAAAUUAAAGAAACAAAUAAGAUUAAGCUAGCUAAUUAUCUUUUUCAGUAUUAUGAUAUACGAAUUAAUAUCAAAUCAAUGUUCGACAUUCAAGUAAAGAGAAUUCAUGAGUAUAAGAGACAAUUAUUGAAUUGUUUGCAUAUUAUCACAAUGUACAAUAAAAUUAAAAAAGAUCCUGAUGCUCCGUUUGUGUCCCGAACAGUGAUGAUUGGAGGAAAAGCAGCUCCAGGAUACCAUGCAGCGAAAGAUAUCAUUAGGCUUAUUUGUGCAGUGGCAGAUGUUGUGAAUAAUGAUCCUGUCAUAGGGAACAAAUUAAAAGUAGUUUUCUUAGAAAAUUACAGAGUAACGUUAGCUGAGAUUAUUAUACCUGCUGCUGAUCUUAGUGAACAGAUCUCAACAGCUGGAACAGAAGCUUCAGGAACUGGUAAUAUGAAAUUCAUGAUGAACGGUGCUUUGACCAUAGGCACUUUGGACGGAGCUAACAUUGAAAUGAGUGAAGAAUUGGGUGGCGAAAAUAUAUUUAUAUUUGGUAUGACUGUGAAUGAAGUUGAAGAAAUGAAGCGUACAGGUUAUGAUGCCUGGUAUUAUUACAAUACGAUAGAUGAUUUGAGGGAAAUAAUUGAUCAGAUUAAUAAUGGUUAUUUCUCUCCUCAACAUCCGGACACUUUUAAAAAUCUUAUUUAUUGUUUAAUGAACCAUGAUCGUUAUUUUGUACUAGCUGACUACGAAUCAUAUAUAAAAUGCCAAGAAAAGGUUAGCGAAAUAUAUACUAAACCGCAAGAAUGGGCAAAGAUGGCAAUAAUGAAUAUUGCAUCAUCCGGGAAGUUUUCAAGUGACAGGACUAUUACCGAAUACGCAGCUGAAAUAUGGGGUGUAACACCAACUUACAAAAAGUUUCCAGACCCAAAACUUCCUAGAGAUGCUUAAUAAUGCCAAAAUUUAUGAAAAUCUUGUAUAAAUUAUCUGUGUAAAGUAAUCUAAAUUAGUAUUGAACAAAUUCAUGCGAUGGCAGUUUUCUUUGAAGCAUAAAAAGAUUUCAAUAAAUGAAAUUCG